UUUCACACCGCUUGCCCCGGUUGUGAUCGGUCGGGGUGGCCAUGCAUUCGACCGAGAGUAGGGGAGCUCUGGCCAAAUAAACUAGGUUAUCCCCGGCUUACGAGGUGCACUCGAAUAAUUCUUAGCUGCUACAGUGCCUACAGUGCUCUCAGGGAGAAACCAUGCGGUUGACGGACAACAAUUUGGAAUACAGUAUUCCUUCCGGGGCAUCCGAGAUCGCAGAGUGAUAGGCAUCAGCAUGAGCACCGAAAGUCGGAGGGUCUUUCUGGUCUUAACACUGAAGCUGGGGGGCGGUGAGGUGACGGCGAACGAAAGAACCCGUGUCCGCGUCCGAGAAAAGUGGCGCCUCAUGAGUCACUUUUCUUGGGUGAGACAGUCGAUCGGUUCGUUUAGUACGGAGUAGCAUCGUCCAGACAAAGGAUGGUCCCAGUUUUGCCAGGGAGGGGGGCAGACAUCUACCUAUCUAGCGAUGGCGUAGAUAGACUAGCUAGAUAGGAGGCAGAGACUAAAUACUAGUGCCUCGUACCAGUUUCAGGCUGAAGAGUGUUGCGAGAGUCAAAUCCAUCGUCAGGUUGAUGAUUGUAAAGAGGUGACCAACCA